GUAAGAGGAGUGCUGUGUCGCGCUGCUUCUUACCGGUUUGCAUCAUCCCUAUACUACAUAUCUACUGACCAUAUGAUGGCGAACCACUGGGAUGCAAGCCGAGAUUCCCUGCAGAACCAAGACCAGCAUGACCACGAAGAGGACUCAGAGGGGCGUGAAUCCAACCACACUAGCCCUCUGGGGUUCGAAAUUGUCAACCCUGAAGUGGAAACUCACGAUUCACAAUUGGGGCCGCUGAAUUCCUCCAUUGGCCUCCACGAUUCUCAAUUGCCGGGCCCAAGCAACAGUGGUGAAGAAAGUUCCCAGCAACUGCAUCCAACUGGAGUCCGGCCAAAAAUCCGACCACCGCCGAAUCAUACAUUCACAACAAACUUUUCACCGAGGGAGUCUCUCGAAGAAUUGAGUUUUCCAACGACUUUUCACUCAAGCCGUCGACAUGGCGAAUUUCCAGUCCGCAAUGCUAAUAAUUACGAUAAUGGAUACAAUGUUCUAAGUCCUCGUCGAGAUUCCAUACCCGAAGCACUCACGCUAAGCUGUGGGGUACUAUCACCUUUCACGAGCCCAACGGACGAUCACAACUGGAGGAACUCAGGUGGUAACCGUGACGCCGCAGCGGCCCUGUCACCAAUACCAUCUGGUUUUAUUUUGCUUGGUAAUGGGCCAUCAAGCCUUACAUCCCCUCCUUUAGCGGAUGAUCGUUCCAGCAUUUCAGUCAUUGCUCCGAGAACUAAUUACAGUUCUCAAACUUCAGUCUUCUCACCAAAUAAUGGCAACCAUUGGCAUAUGCCAGACACCGAAUUGUCAACCCAAUUUUCUGGUUUGACUACCCAUGAUGGACGAAAUGACGAUGAACCAAACGGAGCUACAAAUAUCAAUGCUAUAGAAACGUAUUCCGUGACGGCUGAAACUGCAGAAAUUCGCUAUGCAUCAGAAGAUAAUUCCUCGACGAACAACGUGUUUUCCGAUGCAUUCACAUCGCCCAUCUUCCAUCAUCCUCCACCAAACGUGUAUCGCGAACCAACUAGAGAGAUGGACCAGAGAGAAAUGUUCUCUGGUGGAAACUCAAGAAAUUUGCCGGUGCAUGUCGCACCCAAAAAUGGUCGUACUCUACUGACUGACUUUCGAGGUCCAACACGAAGGUUGAGUUUUCCCGAUAAUGAUCUGCCAGCUCAAAGGUCUCAUGGAGUUAUGAACCCCAUGAACGGUGGCACCUGUUUUAAUAGAAAUGGGUUCGGGACAAAUUCCUUGUCUAUUGGCAAUAACACAUCUUUUUCCCCUCCCGAAACUAAUUGUUUUCUUGAGUCAAGUCAUUGCAAAAUGUGCAACGAUCGAAUUGCGUCACUGCCGUGUGACUUGUGCCUGAUGAAAUUUUGUACCUCGUGUCUGGACCUUCAUGUGCAUCACUGCCGCAGGCAACAAUUAGUGCCUGCAAACCGACAUCAUCUACCGCGUGGAGGCAUAUUUAAUAGAGGAAUGCGUCCAUUUAGGUAUUCAAACAACCGCAUGAGCAUGUUGCCUCAUGUGAGGCAUGGUCUGGCAGUGAAUAGUUCCUUGACUCGACCGCUGCCACCGUUCCGACCUCCUAUUGCUCGCUGUUCGGUUCAUGACAGAUACUUGGCCCGAUACUAUGAUCCUGCUACGCGACGACAACACUGCGUUGUCUGCAUUCUCAAACGAAUCGGUUCUGAUCCUCCCAUCAGGAACCCCAGUCUAAUUCCUUUCCCUGCUCCCACACAGGAAGAAUUUCCAUGGAGCGUGAGUUUGCUACAAACUUUAAUGGAAGAAGUGCCUCGAACCAUCAACAGAUUCAGAUCAGUGAGUAUGUAUCCCUUUUUGGAAGACGAAGUGAACGGACACCUUGUAUUCCUUGAACAAAUUCCGAUCGACCGAGACCCAUCACUGUUACAGUUUCAAGAUCAACUAAAUUGUCUUCUUGUUUACCUGAACAAAGUCAUUCUACGUAUAAGUAAUGUGUAUCAAGCCGAUGAAACAAGACAGAUCUGUAAUACAGUGAAUCAAUGCCACGAACUUAACAGGACCCUAAGCGAGCAAGCCGGCGGGCCUAUUUCCACGCCAAUCGUUCCUGAUUCCUGUGCUCCAGGGGUAGGAUCAAACUCGAGAGUGUCUGGUCCAGCCUGCAGCGGCGUUGUUCAAGUAGGAGAAGAAACUGUCUUCUUCCUUGAAGUCAGAGAUAAUUCGGAUAGAAGUCGUGAAUGGAACCGGGACGCCAUCAAAAUUGACAUCCGGAGUGCGAGCAACUCCCAAGUUCGCCACAGAGUUGAGUCAGCAAACCUCGUAGGCGUGGUGAGCGUUAAAUUUACUAUUGAUGACAGAGGUGAUUACUUAGCAACUGUGAUGGUCAAUGGAGAGAAUGUUAGAGACACUCCUUUUCAAAUUCACGCAACAAACGAAGAAAUCGUCUACAAAACCUUUUUCGAACCUACAAGACAUGUUGGAGAAAGCGUCGCGCCGAGUCAAGUCGGUCUCUUCAGCCGACCCUGGGGUGUCCACUUUGCCAGCGACGGUGGAUACAUUGUUGCAGAUCGAAGUAACCACCGAAUUAUCAUAUUGGAUUCAAAUUGCCUGUUCAGGUUUGCCUUCGGUGUUCAAGGACACGUCAAUGGUGAACUUUUCCGUCCAUCAAAAGCGGUUGAGUUGAAUUACGAAAGCGGACUAACUCACCUGGUCGUUGCUGAUAAAGAUAAUCACAGACUGCAAAUUUUUACCCAGGAGGGCUUGUUCGUUGCAAGGACCCCUGCCUCUCAUGAGCUCAAGUAUCCAUGGGACGUUUGUGUCACAAGUGAAAGGGUAAUCGUCUGUACGGAUGCAAGAAGCAAUAGACUUCCGUGUUUCAACAAUAAGUUGGAACCAAUUCGAAUCUUGUUAUUACCUCCAGAAUGCGUUUCUCGAGGGAUCUGUGGCGGAUACUUGAACCAUGUCAUAGUUACAGAGUUUACCAAGUGCGACAUGUACAUUGUUUUUGCCCCAAGCUCUAUUUACACUCCAGAAACCAGCUCUGACAUCGCAGCACAUCACAGCUUGAGAUUGUACGCCCCGAGAAGCAAUCCUCAGUUUCUGGGGCCGAAGGAGAAAAGUGAGAAAAACGCCGAACGACUGCAAGGAAUUUGCCGUGAUGCCCGAGGCAGACUUCUUGUGGCUGACUCCAGGCAGAACAAAAUUAGGGUUUUGACUUACCUAGGCAAGGAAAUAGCAGGUUUUGAUGUGCUGGGGGAACCGCAGGGAGUGGUGGUUGGUAGGAACUCUGUGGCAGUGAUCAACAACACCCGUAACACGUUGGAUUUGUACACGAAUUUCAAUUUGAUUUAAAUAUGCGACGGGAGAAGUUCAGUGUAGAAAAAUUUGUAUUUUAUGUCCUCUUAAGUGUUCACCUAUGUUAGGCUGCUAACUGGAAGAUUAACUACCAUCUUGCCCUUUAUUCUCGCUAAGUUAUACUGACCACCAAGGCAUUACUUUAAAGUGAGAUUCAAGCGAAGUUUCACGCCUGAUUUCCGUGAAUAUAUUAUAGGAAACGUGGCUCACAAUUAAAUAAGGAUAUAAUUACUAGAAAUAAGGUUGUCAUAUGAAAUCAAACUGCAAGGCAAGAAGUACAACUUUAAUGACACAGACAAUUAGAUAUAGCAGUCGCGUCGUUGACCUAUGUUUUAAUAAUUAGUUGAUGAAUUGAUUUUUAUGUAGGUUAUACAUGUUAACAUGUG